ACGAGUGAGGAAGGUGGAACGGUGUAUGUUGGGGAAAGGGUCACGUUUCUAUCCCAACGUAGCUGCAAAUCUCGACCUGGUACAGACACACCGUUUUCAGUACACAUUUGUUCUAACUAAUGCGGGUGUCGUUAUUUGUAGAGCCAGACAGGCGCUCGUGUGUGGAGCUUUUUAGGAGUUGGGAAUGAUUGGUAAGCACGUUAGAUACUAUUCUUAUUAAUAGGCUUCCUGAAUGAGGACACGGAUGGAUAUCGUGACACUGUCAAAAUGACACGGACUCUCACUCUCCUUGCUUUCCUUUUCACUUUUAUAAAAUGUGGCAGCUGUGCGGACUCAGAGGAGCGUCUGAUGAACUGGCUGCUGGGAAAGGAUCGCUACAACAAGCUGAUCCGCCCAGCCGUAAACAGAAACGAGCGCGUCACUGUCAUACUACAGGUGUCCCUGGCCCAACUCAUCAGUGUGAAUGAAAGAGAGCAGAUUAUGACCACCAACGUUUGGCUCACACAGCACUGGGAUGACUACAGGCUAUCAUGGGACCCUUCUCAAUAUGAUGGCAUUGACAAGCUUCGUAUUCCUUCCAGACACAUCUGGCUACCUGAUAUUGUGCUCUAUAACAAUGCGGAUGGAACCUAUGAGGUAACAGUCUUUACCAAUGCCAUUGUCCAGUUCAACGGCAGCAUCUUCUGGCUCCCUCCGGCCAUCUAUAAGAGUGCCUGCAAGAUCGAGGUCAAGCACUUCCCCUUUGACCAGCAGAACUGCACGCUCAAGUUCCGGUCGUGGACCUACGACCACACUGAGCUCGAUCUGGUCCUGAAGUCAGGGGUGGCCAGCAUGGACGACUUCACGCCCAGUGGGGAAUGGGACAUCUUGGCCCUGCCGGGCAGGCGGACGGUUAAUCUUCUGGAUCCUACCUACGUAGAUCUCACCUAUGACUUCAUCAUCAAGAGGAAGCCGCUGUUCUACACCAUCAACCUGAUCAUCCCCUGUGUCCUCAUCACCUCUCUGGCCAUCCUGGUCUUCUACCUGCCAUCUGACUGUGGGGAGAAGAUGACUCUGUGUAUCUCAGUCCUCCUGGCCCUCACUGUGUUCCUCCUCCUGAUCUCCAAGAUCGUCCCUCCCACCUCGCUGGACGUGCCUCUGAUUGGGAAGUACCUGAUGUUCACCAUGGUGCUGGUGACCUUCUCCAUCAUCACCAGUGUGUGUGUGCUCAACGUGCACCACCGCUCCCCCAGCACACACACCAUGCCCUCCUGGGUCAAGGUAGUGUUCCUCAACAAGCUGCCCCAUCUGCUCUUCAUGAGACGCCCCCAGAAUAACUCGGCCCGCCAGCGGCUGCGCCAGCAGAGACGACUCCAAGCUCGCAGGUCCAUCCUGGCGGACCUGGGCUACCCUGCCACCGCCACGUCCAAAACAGCCAAAGCUGCCACUGCCAUGUCUUCCUCCUCUGCCUCAGCCUUCUCCUCCCUGGGACACUUUUACAACAAAGUCGCAGCUCCGCUGGGGUACACACACACCUUCAGGAAGGGGGAGGCCUGCUCCACUGAGUUCCUGCCCAACAGCUUCCCCUCCUCCCAGGACCUCCGCCAGAGAGGCAGCCCAGACUGGGGGGGAGAUGUCCAGGAUGCAGUGGACGGGGUCCGCUUCGUGGCUGAUCACAUGAUGGGGGACGACGAUGACCAGAAUGUGAUUGAGGACUGGAAGUAUGUGGCCAUGGUUGUGGACCGUAUGUUCCUGUGGAUCUUUAUAAUAGUGUGUGUGACUGGAACCCUGGGUCUCUUCCUCCAGCCUCUGUUUCAGCAUUCAAUAGUCCCCAUCCAGCAGCCCAGCUCAGACACACCCCGUACCUGAACCCCCUAAGCUGUAUGGGGAAAUAAGGGUCAUAGCCCAUCAACCAACGCCAUGUGGCCUACAGCAAUACAAGUCUCUUUGCUCUUUCUGUUUCUACUACCUGGUCCUAACAUGACACAUCGGUACAAGGAAGAGUUGACUUUUUCAUGUAGUUGAAGCAGAGCUACAAAGAUGGACUAUAUCCUGUAAAACCAGACUGAAAGUAAAACAUUACCCGGGUGGAGAAAUAACCCAUAUAGUACAGAGAUAUGUCAGAUAUCAUAAAAAUGUCAUAGAAAAUGUAUAAAUGUAUAAAAAUGUCAGUGAGUUUGAUUAAAUUCAUUAACACCCAAUAAAGUCUAAAGUGGUGGGGUACUUCAUGAAAUGAUGUUCAGUGUGAUUAAAUAAAAUAGCUUUCAAGUGUAAAUCAGAUUAUUAGGUCACAUUGAUAAGAUGGAUAUUGGGCAAAAUAUAAUGACUCAAGCUAAGGUGUUAUAAAGAGGCCUCCUAACUGAUACACUCCAUAUAUAAAAUGAGUUAGUGUAUGAGGUACAAGUCUAUAACCUGUGAAUUACUGGGGAUAUUCCCCACGGAUGUAUUAUUUUGAUGCAUUAAACA